GGGCGGUGGACCCGGUGACCGGGGAGGAGGUGCUGGUGCUGGCACAGCACGACGUCACGUCCAAGGUGGUUGCCGAGCGCCACCUGGCUCUCGUCAUGGAGGCGGAGCACCGCCUGCUUGAGCAGAUCUUCCCGCGGCACAUCCUCAAGCACGUCACCGAGGAGUGCACGGCAGCGGAGGCAGCGGAACGCAGCAAAGCAGCGUCCUCCCUUGCUGCUGCUGCGGCCGCGGCCGCUUCUGCUGCUGCCGGCGGCACCGGCACCGGCCCCUCCGAGGGCCCAGCCAACAGCUCCAUGUCCGCUCGCGGCAUGAACGACCCACGCUGGCGACCCGCGGUACGGGACUAUACCACACUGGCCACCUGGCACCCGGAGGUAAGGGCGUGCGUGAGUGUGGGGGGCGCGUGAGUGUGUGUAAUGCUUGCGUGGCGUAUGUACGUGCUUACACGGAAGGUAGCACUCGUAAGGGGGACGUCCUGUAGCCGAUUGGCGGGAUGGAGGGUGCGUUAAGCGUAGAAGUGUGUUUGUUAAAGUCAUCCGGAUAGCAGCAACACUGACCGCUCGUGAGUGUGGUUGUGCAGGUGACGUUGCUGUUCGCAGACAUUAAAGGUUUUGCGCCCAUGUGCAACGAGGUCACUCCGCGCGCCGUGAUGACCAUGUUGAAUGACUUGUUCAGCCGCUUCGAUGCGCUGCUGGACACGUUUGGGGUAUUCAAGGUGGAGACCAUCGGCGAUUGCUACUUCGUGGCUGGCGGACUUAUCCAGGAGGGGGAAGACGGCAUGGCGGCGGUGCGGGAUGGGGACAGCAG